GCUUAGCCACAAAUAAAUGAUUUAUAUCUCAUUUUUACAAUCCAGUAUCAGUGGCCGACUAACAGUGGUUAUCAGCCAGUUGUGGGAUUUUCAUUUCCUUUCGACUCGAAGUAAAGCUAAUUAAAUUUAUUGUUCAAUAAGCAGCGUGUGCUCACCUAUUUGCUAAAAACAAACAAAAAAUAAUCAUUAAAACCAACACAAUAAAUAUGACAAACUCUGCGCUUUUGUGUGUGCAAGCGCUGGCGCCUAAUUAAAUUUUCACAGCAAGGAAAGCAAAACAUUUGUAAGAAAUAUACUACACCACAGACACUCACAUAAACGUAAUACAAAAUCACCGUGGCGAAUUUCUGCAAUCACCUGUUCGUUUUGUUUUUAUCAAAUUGGCUGCAACAAUGAGUGUCAGCAGCGCGAAUCAAUUAAAUAAGGCCAGCCAUGUGUCACAAGUGAUUUUAUCGCCAGCGUCUGCGACGUCAUCGGCGGCGGCGGUAGCGGCUCCCCGUAAACCAACAGAGUGGGAGCAGAAUUUCGAGGCGAAAAUAAAAGAUUUAUCGCCCAGCGAACAGGAGGCCGUACGCCGAUUCUGGAGGUCGGUGGUGAUGCGUAAUGCACCGCGUCUUUUCGGCGAAGAAAAUGGUGAGUAA